AUGAACGGAAUUAGCUUGAUGAUGUCAAGAUCUUGCUUUCCGAUGUAUAAUACCUGUUUAAGCAAAAGAAUCAACUUAAUCCCACGUCGAUUAUCAAACUUACAUCUCCAAAAUAUUUCACCUCCUGUAUCAACUACACAUGUGUUGAAAUUAAAACAUCGUGUGUAUUCAUCAACCUCUGCGAAAGAUGCAACGUGUUCAAGAUCUCAAGUACCUGAAGAUAGUGGUACUGUGGUACCUUUUCGCUUGCUUGGUGAUGGUAUUAUUGGUUUGGUUUUACUUAAAACUUGGGAGUUUGUUCCGCAAUUUAUUUCAACUAGGGGAGGGAUUGAAGGAGUUUUGGAAUCGAAGGCUUGUGACUAUAUCCUUCUAGGGGCUUUGGUUUUUUUUGUUGCAAGAUGCAUUAUUCUCAUGAUUAUGUUAGGGUUUCUAAUACUACCUGAGAAACCCAUUUCGAUUGGAGAUGUAAUAGAAGUUGGAUGUUUGAAAGGUCAAGUUAUUGAGACGGGACCCAUAACCACCUCAUUGCUUACUGCAGAAAACUGUUUUAGAAUUCCAACUUACUGGUUUUGGGAACAGCUUAUUAGGGAACAAUCACAUGACACCACACUAGUUCCAUAUCACUCCAUUCGUGGUCAGGCCUUGGUUUCCAAGAUUUCUUUUAACAUUUACGAGAAUAGCAAGAUCCACAAGAUAACUAAGGAAAUAAAGAAAAUGAUGGGAUCUAACUCAAACAUAUAUUUGGAGAUAGGGCGUCCGUAUUGUCAUAUUUCUGGAUGGAAAUCUCAUCGUGUAGAGCUUACUCUUGUAUACAAUCUAAAACAAAUGUGUGAACACAACAAAUUAGAUUUAGUGAAGCAAGAUAUUCUUCUGCAGUCAACUCGGAUAAUGAAGAAGCACGGGGCCACACUUGUGAGCACUUGA